AUGCAGAACCACGGAACCGUGAAUUCGGCUCUCAUUCGGCCGGGCACGCCGGGCGACGUUGUGAACCUCUGCAUUGGCGGACGUCUAUUCAUUACCCGUCGGGCCACCCUCUAUCGCCUCCCAGACAGUCGACUCUACAUGAUUGCCACUCAGGGCGAACAGCAGAGUCGGGCCUAUCAGGAGGAGUUUCGCUCACCGGAGCGUCGAACACCCGACGUACAACACACAACCACCUCGGGAGAGUACACAGUCGGUGGAGCUACUCUCCUGCCCAACGCCAUAGUCUCUUCCCUGUUUGGCAACAAGGAUCUCAUCUCCGCAGCGGCUGUCUGCCGCAAUCAGGUCUACUCCUCUGAGGAGAACAACCUUAACACCCCGACAACUCCCCGGCCACGCGACGCCUAUCCACAUAGCGGUGGUGGGGGUGAAUACGUCUCCACGCCGCAGCCCGUCUACUUCUUCGAUCGAGAUCCGGAGAUCUUUCGAUUCGUGUUGGAUUACUAUCGCACCGGGGAGUUGCACUUGCCCUCCAACAUCUGCGGUCCGUUUGUGCGUAAAGAGCUCAUAUUCUGGGGCAUUGAUGAGUCCCUGAUUGAUCCCUGCUGUAUGCCUGCCUACAUGCGGUACGAUGAGGAGAAGAGAACAAAGAAAACUUUGUUUCGGGACUGUUUUGAGGACAUUGACUCCAUGCAGAAUCUGGUGAAGUUCUCGCGAGGCUGGAAAAAAUGGCGAUACCGACUGUGGCUUUUUAUGGACCAUCCGAGCUCAUCCUUUGUUGCGAAGGUGAGAGUUUUUAGAGUCAAUUUUCAUAAAAUCCCAUCCACUUUGUAA